AUGGCCAUUGCUACUCAUUGGUCUAGGCUAGCAUGUAGGAAUCUGUUGGUCGGAUGCACUUAUCGGUGUGCUUCCUCGAGAGCAGCAACAGCAGCAGCACACAACGGAGACGGUCGAGGGCGUAGGGCGACUCAGAUGGAGGAGGGGGAAGAGGCCGAACUUAAUGAUGAUCUUGAGAAUAUGGAAGAGGUCCGACUGUGGUGCAGAGUAGCAGGUUCUGAGGGGUCACCAGAUGGUGUCGUGAAGAGUGCGGAGGAAAGCCCUUCCACGGGGGUAGGGGAGGCUGAGGAGGACUUCAUCGAGAAUGAUAGGGGUCUCAGAGAAAUGAUGAAGUUGAAUCCGAAAAAGGAAACAUGGCUGGCCUACACGGCCCCUGAGACGAGCAUGUCUAAUACAAGGCGAUGGAGGAGGUUUAUGAAGAACUCGGUGAUAGAGCAGACCCAGUUAGUGGAGGCUGGGAGGUAUGGUUCUCGAUGGCAUGAAGGAAAGGAUUGGCUUGAUAAGGCCAAGAAGGCUGAGCGGAGGCCUCGAAUACGUGUUCGGGUUCUGGAUGUCGAUGGGUUGCCGAUGGAAGAGAUGCACGAGUUUUUCAUGUUUGCGUUGGUCCGUCGAUUCCCGGCCGAGAAGUGUUUGAAGGUUGCUAGCAGGUUGGCAACUUUCAGGGACAAAGCAUCGGCGUCUAGCUACAACAAGCUGAUGAUCGAUAUGGCUGAGCUCUUCGGUUCAAUCUACGGCCCAGAACUUUGUGCUUUAUUCGAUCGAUGCUAUAAUACGAUAUCAGUUCCCUACAUGCUGGACUACAUAAGGAAGUAUGGCCAAUUCUCGAAGGAGUAUAUUGCGAGGGAGGUCACGGAGUCGAUGAACCCCCCUGUAUUCGACUUCGUACGGUAUCAACAUAGAGGAGGGCUGCGGCCUCUCCCACCAGUAGUGAGUAAGCCUUAUGAGCUUAAUACAUAUGCACGUCUAUUACCCCCCUCCAGUGUGAAGCGGUGGAUGUAUCAGCAUCUCCUCCAUCAUGGGCGUAUCAUGCUGCACCGUAAGUCGCCUAAGGCAGCGGACAUGGACCCAGUUUUAAUGGAAAGAGAUGCGGCGGCACGUAGCAGCGAACGCUUGGCACGAUCGAUGAGCAGUCGACCAGCGGAAAUGCUGUUGAACCAGACACGUAGGCGAGCAGAACAUGGGCUGGAGUUGCCGAGGGAGAACGAUACGGAGGAGGACGGCGACGUGGUUAAGUGGAACAUAGCGUCUACGUCAAAGCAGGGCAGCGGGAACGGCAGCGCUGAGGAGGGUGGCCAAGAAUGGUCGAUCGAGUCGGAGGAGGAGCAUCAGGAGGCGGUCGCUAUGGGAGGCAAGCCGAAAGACACUUCAACCCUAAUGCAGUUCACGAGAGUUCAUGAGUUCAAGUCACGUCUAGCUGAGGAUGACAAUUCAGCUUUAGUGCCUGUCGAGGAGCCAGCUGAUGAAGGGAUAAUCCCUCUACCUGAGAUGGACCAAGGGAACUCAUACUCCGAGGAGAGCCGCGAGGAGCGUUUCUGGUUGCGGAAGAUCGUCUCCUUCUUCCGGCAUAAUCGACGAUGCUACCGAUAUAUGCCGAGUAGAGGAUGGACCCAGGUGGUCGACCCUCGGGGUCCGAGGAGUUACGGUUUACCUCGGAAGUAUCGAUCCCACAUAGUGCAAAGGUUGAAGUUGAAGAAGGUUGCUAAGAUACGAACAUGGCAUCGUCUCAAAGCGAGCCUUCGUGGUGUUGCACGAACAAGACUCGGCUAA